GGACCUGCGAACUUCACUAGUUUUAGCGGUCUUUAAUUUGAUAAAAUUUUCAAAACUCUGUAUCAUAUUAUACCCAAAAUAUUACAUUUUCAACGAGGCAGUAAAUUUCUAACUAAUAUUUAUUAAAAAAUAAUAUUAUAUUAAGUAACUUUAAAAUCGUAAGAGCCUUAAUAUGUCAUUUGCCAGAGGUUUGUUUAGAGCGGGUUUUAUAGCGAUACACUUUCACCCCGCGGGGUCGGCUUCGGCUUUACAAGUUCGGACUGCGAUCAAUGCUGCUCCAAUCGCCCGGUUUGCUAGCGUGUCUGAAUCGUCAUUUAGUAAAAGGAAAAUGGCAGAUAAACUAAGUGUGGAAGAACGCGAAACGUUGCUCCAACCGCUACUUCAGUCAGGCUGGAAAGUCCAAGGCAAUAGAGAUGCCAUAGAAAAAGAAUUCAAAUUUAAAGACUUUAAUGAGGCAUUUAGUUUUAUGACCAGAGUGGCUCUACUCGCUGAGAAAAUGAACCAUCAUCCAGAAUGGUUUAAUGUUUAUAAUAAAUUGCAGGUUACACUAGCAUCUCAUGAUGUGAAUGGUCUCAGUAAACGGGAUAUCAAAAUGGCUACUUUUAUGGAAAAAAUAUAUCAAUGAAGUACCAGUUGACACAAACAUUGAGACAAUAUACGAGUAAUCGUGUGAAUGUAUUAUCAUUAUAUGUUAUAUUUUAUGUACCUAUUUACAGUCUGUUGAAUAAAUCGUACUUAUUUUGUUGAAUGUACAAUAAUAAUAUAAUUGAUAAGUGUUAA